AUGACAACAUGUCAACCAGCUGAGACACAAGUGGAAGAAGGAUUGAAGUUAUGUGUUGAGUUCAACCAAGUACCUACUAAUAAAGGAAGAUACCAAAGACUUGUAGGGAAAUUGAUGUACCUAGCACACACGAGACCGGAUUUGGCUUAUGCAUUGAGCAUUGUUAGCCAGUUUAUGCAUGAUCCUGGAGAGCAACAUAUGAAUGCAGUUAUGCGGAUUUUGAGUUAUUUGAAAUCUAAUCCUGGAAAAGGAGUUUUGUUCACUAAAAAUGCUGGUUAUCAAAACAUAGAUGCAUAUACUGAUGCUGACUGGGCUGGAGCUAUUGAUGAUAGACGAUCUACUUCUGGUUACUUUACUUUUGUAGGAGGUAAUCUUAUUACAUGGAGAAGCAAGAAACAAAAUGUUGUUGCUCGCUCGAGUGCAGAAGCUGAAUUCAGAAGUAUGGCGCUUGCACUUUGUGAAACAUUGUGGUUAAGACUUCUCUUACGGGCUUUGGGUUAUCUACCUGGAUAA